GAACGGCCCCCGGCCGCGCCCAGCUCAGACACAGCGCGUGCGCGCGCAUGAGCGGCCGGGCGUGUGCAGACAGCGGCUGCGCGGCCGGCGUGAGGCCUCGUGAAGCUCCCACCGAGCACCAGAAGGGAAUCGGCUAUCGUUUGUUAGGCCUACAAAGUAUCUAAACAACAGCGAUUACCUCCAGGACGUGCUGUGAUCUGUUACAGGAAUGUGUUUCUGAUCGAAUCUCAAUCAUGUUGUCAAACUGCUUGCAAAAUUUCUUAAAAAUGACAAGCCCUCAUGUAUAUCCAAGAUUAUGUCAGCGACUAAUAGGAAGUAAAAGGAGGUUUUCCGGAACCGUGCCAACGUUCAGAUUUCGUAGGCGGGUUGUCAUUACAGGCAUUGGCUUAGUGACUCCUCUGGGUGUUGGAACUCAGCUGGUAUGGGAUCGUCUCAUCCGAGGAGAGAGUGGAAUUAUUUCCCUGGUCGGUGAGGAGUAUAAGAAUAUCCCUUGCAGUGUUGCUGCUUAUGUGCCAAGAGGUGGUGAUGAAGGUCAGUUCAAUGAACAAAACUUUGUGUCCAAAUCCGAUAUCAAGUCCAUGUCUUCUCCAACCAUUAUGGCCAUUGGGGCUGCAGAGUUAGCCAUGAAAGAUUCUGGCUGGCACCCUCAAUCAGAAGCUGAUCAAGUGGCGACUGGAGUUGCAAUUGGCAUGGGAAUGGUUCCUCUUGAAGUUGUUUCUGAAACUGCUUUGAUGUUUCAGACAAAAGGUUAUAGUAAAGUCAGCCCGUUCUUUGUCCCUAAGAUUCUGGUCAAUAUGGCAGCAGGCCAGGUCAGCAUUCGGUAUAAACUCAAGGGCCCCAAUCAUGCAGUGUCUACAGCCUGUACCACAGGAGCUCAUGCUGUGGGAGACUCCUUUAGAUUUAUAGCCCAUGGUGAUGCUGAUGUGAUGGUGGCUGGAGGCACAGAUUCUUGCAUUAGUCCUUUAUCUCUUGCUGGGUUUUCCAGAGCUCGUGCUCUGAGCACAAACCCUGAUCCUAAGUUGGCAUGUCGACCAUUUCACCCCAAAAGAGAUGGUUUUGUAAUGGGAGAAGGUGCAGCUGUGCUGGUGCUGGAAGAAUAUGAUCAUGCCAUUGAACGAGGGGCGCGGAUCUACGCAGAAAUUUUGGGCUAUGGACUCUCAGGUGAUGCUGGUCACAUAACUGCGCCUGACCCUGAAGGAGAAGGUGCCUUAAGAUGUAUGACUGCAGCUGUAAAAGACGCAGGUGUACAACCUGAAGAGAUAUCCUAUGUCAACGCGCAUGCUACUUCCACCCCAUUGGGAGAUGCUGCUGAAAACAAAGCUAUCAAACAUCUUUUCAAAGACCAUGCACCUGCCCUUGCAGUUUCUUCAACUAAGGGAGCCACAGGACAUCUGUUGGGAGCUGCAGGGGCAGUUGAGGCAGCUUUUACUGCUCUGGCUUGUUAUUAUCAAAAACUACCACCUACUUUAAACCUGGAUUGUACAGAACCAGAAUUUGAUCUCAAUUAUGUUCCACUAAAGGCACAGGAAUGGAAAAUUGAGAAAAGAUGUAUUGGACUCACCAAUUCCUUUGGUUUUGGUGGUACUAAUGCAACACUUUGUAUUGCUGGCAUGUAGUACAAAUAAUUUGUAAUUAAAUAUGAUUUAAAAAAAUAUGAACUAUAUUAAAUGGAGAAAUAAAUGUUUACAUAAAUAUAUCAA